GCGACGCGGCGGCAUGCACGGACGCAGGCAGGCGUGCGAAUAAACAAUUAUUAUCUGGCUAUCGUGUGUAGUCUCUCGGCGCCGGUCAAAGUGUCACCCUCCCAGCGUUCCAGUCGUUAGCUUGACGAAGAAAGAUGGAAACGCACGCGAAAGCAAUCGCGGAGCUCCGCGAAAAGUUCUUCAAAAAGCUGGACGACGAGGGACCACCCGACCCCAGAGGUUUCCAUACUGCUGAUAUAGCCAGGAUAAAGAACACUGAUGACUGGCUGAAACGAUUUUUGGAACAUCAUGAGUUCAACGAACAGGAGGCAUUCAAUAUGCUCUGGGAAACUUGUACUUGGAGAAGAAAAUUUGGAACAAAUGAUAUCACCGAAGGUAAUAUCAGAAGAGAUUAUUUAGAAGAAGGUGUAAUUUUUGGCUUUAGUAAAGAUAAAGAUGGCAAGAAACUAUUUAUAGUUAAAUCAAAGUUGCAUGUUAAAGGAGUAAAAGAUUUUCCAGAGCUUCAGAGAUGUAUAGUUUAUUGGUUUGAAAGAUUAGAAAGAGAAGGAAAUGGAAAUCAGAUAUCAAUUUUUUUUGAUAUGGCAGAUGCUGGACUUUCCAAUAUGGAUAUGGAGCUUACCAAGUAUCUCAUUGGUCUAUUCAAAUCUUAUUAUCCAAAUUUUCUAAAUUAUAUCCUAAUUUUUGAUAUGGCCUGGGUUUUAAAUACAGCUUUUAAAAUAAUAAAAUCAUGGUUACCUGCUAAAGCUAUUCCAAAAAUUAAGUUUGUUAAUAAAUCCAACUUGAAGGACUUUGUCCAUCCAAAUGAUGCAUUGAAAUGUUGGGGAGGUAAUAACGAUUAUGUCUUUAAGUUUGUCUCAGAAGAGCAAACGAAUGGAGAUGGUGUAAUGAAUGGAAAGCUAGAUAAAAAGGUGCACUUUAUAGACAAUUCACCACUCACGGAGCAAAGUCCAAGUAAUAUUGGAGAUCAAAUUAAUGAAGAACAGCUAUUAUCCAUAGAACCUUCAGAGGUAAUUACGUUCAAUAAAGAUAGAAAUGAUAUAGCUGGGACAAUUACGCUUAAAAAUAUUUCAUCUGACAAGUCUUUAUCUUAUAAGAUAAAGACAACGUCGCCUGAGAAAUUUAGAGUAAGACCAAGUUUAGGAGUUCUGCAACCGUCUGAACAAAAAAACGUUACGGUUGUAUUACAACCUGGCUAUAAUGUACGCAGUCUAUUGUGCAACGAUCGAUUUCUAGUCAUGUGCCUUCCAUUAAAAAAUACAAAUGCUACAGCACAGGAACUGAAUGCACUAUGGAAGUCCGAAAAGGCGACAGAAAUGCAUAGGUUGCGAUGUAGCGAUGGUACUAUCGAAAAUAACGAAAUACCAAAAUCUCAUUCUGCGUUAACUUCUGCAAUGGCAGGAAAUGAUCGUAUUGAUGCAUUUUCUUCUAAGAUAAGCCAUUUAGAAAAAUGUAACAAUAAUAUAUAUAGAGAAAUCGUCAUUAUAAAAAUGCUUUUAGUUUCCAUAAUAUUGAUGAUUUUAAUAGCAAUGUUUAUGGGUUAUGUUUUACAAGUAGAUAUAAAAAAUUUCAUGGAUGAGGAAAAGUCUUGCCAGAUUCCUCGUAAUUAAAACAUGUUGAAAAGUAUGUAUUUGUAAUACAACUCUUUGAUAUAUUAGAAAAUAUUUUAAAAAAAUCUUUGAGUCUACAAAUUAUGCAAAAAUAAGAUUAUUUUUUAUUGUAUAAUAAUUAACAUAGUAAAGUUUUUAUAUGUUUUCUGUUCUUCCAAAGAGAAAAGAAAUUUAUAAAUGUUCACUUGUAUGUUUCUUUAAAUUAAUUAAUUUUAUCUUGUUAAUGUUUUUAUACGUAUACAUGUGUAAUCAUCAUUGAAUAAGUUACCAUGUGGUGUUUUGUAAUGCAAGGUAUGGAGAAGUAUAGCAUAUUGUAAAAAUAUAUUAAAACUGCUAUUUUUAUA